AUGGGGGGCACGGGGCAGCCUUUGGACGUGCCAAUGGCAGUGGUAGUUCAAGAGCUUGUGGAUGCUGACACUGCCGGUGUAAUGUUCACCUGCGACCCACUCACGGGAAACCCAGGAUUCAUCACAGUAACUGCAAAUUAUGGCAUUGGAGAAUCGGUGGUUUCGGCCUCUGCAGAGCCAGGCACGUUCGUGCUGAAAAAAAGGCGACUGGAGGAUCCCAGCAUCCAGUCGAGUCAAAUUGGACAAAAGUCACUCUACACAACGACGUCAGAGAGUGACGGCGUGGCUACUGUACCAGUGAGCGAGGAAAAAGCUCAGCGAUCCUGCAUCUCAGAAGAAGACGUCCGGGCUUUGGCUGCUAUUGGUAAACAGAUAGAACAAACCUACACAACGCCGCAAGAUAUCGAGUGGGCACUGCAGAACGGGAACUUUUUUAUGCUGCAGUGCCGUCCUGUCACAACAUUUCUUAGGGAGAGUGACUGCGAGUUGCUCAAUGAAUUCAACGAUGGUCUGAAAUCGGCGAAAGAAAUUUUGACCACAGGAAACGUCUCAGAAGUGUUGCCGGGAGCACCGUCUCCUCUGGGAAUGUCUUUGCUUCGAUGUGCCUUUGAGGUCAACUGCAGGGCCAAUUGCGUAAAGUUUGUGCAAGCUAGCAGCCCUGACCCAUCCCAAUACAUGCCGAUGUGGGGACCAAUGUAUUGCUACUGCUACUUCCUUUGGUUGUCUGAUGGCCUGCGGAAGACAGGAAACGACGGAAAUCUGAUGGAAAAGUCGAUCAUGUACAGCAUUCUGGGACGUGAUGCAAGCAGUGAAGUGGAAGCCGGCGUAAAACGGAUGAGGAAGAUUACUCGCUGGAAGGUUCCUGUACAACUUUUCUUCAUUGCGAAGACGAUGUUCACCGUCACCAGCGGCGUGGAAAGCACUUCAAAGAAAACGGCUGAUCUGCACCUCAAAAUUGAUGAUACAGCGACAGCAGCGCAGAUAUAUGAUUUCAUGGGGCGUGCCUUACACGAGCUGCGUGAGCCUUCUAUUCUUCUGAUGAAGGCAGCCCUGUCAUCUUCAUUUUACAACGUCCUCAUUCUUCGCAUUCUAAGCACUGCCAAAGGAGCACUCGACAACGAAGUUUUCUGUCAGCUGUCCAAGAUCUUGAAGGGAACAGACGCGGAGAGUGCUGAUGUGCCACGAAUGAUCCAGGUUCUAGGUCAUGUUCUUAGAGAGUCUCCAGAAAAAGAGAAGUUCCUCAAGAUGACAACAGAGGAGGCCCGUCAUUGGCUGUCAACUACAGAAAGUGACUGCGGAAAGAAGUAUCGGGAGUUCAUCCAAAAGCAUGGCCAUCGGGCCGUUAAGGAGUUCGACGUUUACACGAAGCCGUGGGCGUUGGAUCCAUCGUCACUUCUGAAAUCUUUAAAGGCAGCAGCAGCGGCUCCUGAGAUGAAGCAGACAGCACCUUCCCGUUGGGACGCCUCUCAGUUUCCCUACAGACUUUCAAUGUUUCAGAGUUUCAUAUUGAAGCUGGUGGCGCCUAAGGCACGAGCUGCGGUGGAGGCACGAGAGGCGACAAAGUCGGCAACAGUCCGCGUGGUCCACCAACUACGACUGCUGUGUCAUCAGCUCUCAAAUCGCAUGGUGCAAGAAGGUAGACUGCCUUCACACGAGCUGUUGUUCUUCUUGACCUAUGAGGAGAUCGGCAUCCUUUUGAGGACAAGAUCACCGGAACUUGUUCUGAAAGCACAAAGGCGCCAGAAGAUUCACGCUAAGGCCGACAAGAACCGAUAUCCAUCUGUCUUUGUUGGAAUCCCGAAGGCGAUUGAGCGUCUCGAGAAGUCCGUAGAAGGGGACUUGGAAAUUAAAGGAACCCCAAUGUCUCAAGGCGUGGUCGAAGGCAAAGUACGCGUGGCAGUGACGUUCGACGAAGCGCCGCUCAUACAGAAAGGUGAGAUAUUGGUAACCACUGCCACCGAUACUGGCUGGACGCCAUACUUCCCGCUGCUGGCCGGAGUUGUCACUGAAAUUGGAGGGCCACUGUCCCACGGUGCCGUCGUCGCUCGUGAAUAUGGCCUUCCUUGCGUUGUCGGUAUUGAGGACAUUACCACGAUGCUUAGUUCUGGCGACACAGUUCACCUCGAUGGCAACACUGGCGUCAUCAGAAAAAUUGCCCUGCUGCAGGCAGAAGUUGACUGA